CCCCGCCCUUCUGGUCAUUUGAAACAGGCCGGGGAGCGAGGCAGGUGGGAGUGGGGUCUCCCGCCGCCCCCAGUCGCUAUGGGAAGCCGGCCGCUUCUCCUGCUGAGCGCAGUCCUCCUGCUGUGUCGUUUGGCUCCUACCGCUCAGGAGCUGCCAGGCUGGCCCCGGAGCCCGGUGCGGCCAGCCUUUCCUCGUGCCCGGGGGGCUGCCUCUUGCUGAACCCCCGCCAGCCCCCUUUCCUUCCCCGCCCUGUCCUUUACUCAGUCGUCCCUUGGUCAUCCCCUGCCCGGCAAUGGGGCAGCGGGGCUGCUAGAUGGGCAGCUCUUCCGGCGGUGGGCAAGGCGCGCCCUUCUCAGCUCUUGGCCUCCAUGGCUUCGUAACGGCCUCCGCCCGCGCAGAAAGCAUCUUCCCCCGCACCCAGCGCCGGCCAUGGGGGCUUCAGCCGCCGCCGCCGCCUUCCGCAAGGCCACCCGAGGAGCCGCGUUGGUCUCCAGCCUUCUAAUGGGAUUUAUGUUCCUUGGCACUGCGGAUGCUCAGUCAGAGUUGUCGCCUGAACGGAAUACCAUCAGUACAUACACCCACCAUGAUCGUGCCACUAACACACAUCUGACCUGCCACAAGUGUCCUGCAGGAACUUAUGUAUCUAAGCACUGUACCAUGACGACCUUAAGAGAAUGCAGCUCUUGUGCUAAUGGGACCUUCACAAAGCAUGAAAAUGGUAUUGAAGAGUGCCAUUUAUGUAGAAAGCCCUGUGAGCAGCCAAUGAUUGAGAAAAGACCUUGCACUGCUCGGACUGACCGUGAAUGCUCCUGCCCAUCUGGUAAAUUUUUACGCAGUAACACUUGCACCCCAUAUAAAGUAUGCCCCAUUGGAUGGGGCUUAAGGAAAAAAGGAACUGAAACUGAAGACAUCAAGUGCAAACCAUGCCCUCGUGACACUUUCUCUGCUGUGCCUUCUAGUGUGCUGAGAUGCAAACCCUUUACUAACUGUUCACAACUAAACAUGGUGGUGAUGAAACCAGGGACAAAUAUGACAGACAACGUCUGUGGAUUUCAGUCAGUUUCCCAGAAUGCAGCUGGGCUUUUGUCAAGUCCAGAAGAAGAUGAACAGCACUACAAAGUUUCUUCUGCUACUUUUCUUACCAAAGGUAUGAACACUUCCUCUCCCAACUUUGCCACUACUCCUCCCCCAAGCACGUAUGCUGACGUGAUGGAGCCAACAGACAUUUACAACAAAACCUCCAAGAAUGAGACCGUGACAGCUUUGGAGAAUCCUAAGUCUAUAAAUCACCAGCAGAUAUAUUACCACAAACAUACCCCUUCCAAUCUUAAUUUACAGCCAGCACUGGAAAUGAGUGGCAAUGUGAAAUCCAGCAUUCCAUAUAAACCUCCUAAAAGAGGAUCCCCGAGGCAGGCUAUGCAUAAGCAUUUUGAUAUCAAUGAACAUUUGCCAUGGAUGAUUGUCCUGCUACUGCUGCUUGUACUUGUGGUUAUUGUUGUUUGCAGUGUCCGCAAAAGUUCACGAACUCUAAAGAAAGGACCAAGGCAAGAUCCCAAUGCAAUUGUGGAAAAGUCUGUUUUGAAGAAAUCUUCUACCCCAACCCAAACUCGGGAGAAAUGGAUCUACUAUUGCAAUGGGCAUGGAAUUGACAUUCUGAAACUGGUAGCCGCCCAGGUUGGAAGCCAGUGGAAAGAUAUCUACCAGCUCCUGUGUAAUGCAAGUGAGAGGGAGGUGGCAGCUUUUGCCAAUGGAUAUUCUGCAGAUCACGAAAGGGCUUAUGCUGCCUUACAGCACUGGACUAUCAGGGGCUCUGAAGCUAGCCUUGCCCAACUGAUCAGUGCUCUCCGCCAGCACAGACGCACAGAUGUGGUGGAGAAGAUCAGGGGGUUGAUGGAAGAUGCAACACAGCUUGAAGCUGACAAGUUGGUUCUUCCGGUAAAUUCUGGACUUGUCAGCUCCACUCCCAGCCCAAAUCCAAAGCCAGAGGCAACCAUAAUCCCUGUGGAACCAUCUCCCCUGGAAAAGAACAAGUGCUUCUUUGUGGAUGAGUCUGAACCUCUUCUUCGCUGCGAUUCCACCUCCAGCGGUUCUUCUGCUCUUAGCCGAACAGGCUCUUUUAUUACCAAAGAAAAGAAAGAUACGGUGCUGCGCCAGGUGCGCCUGGACCCUUGUGACCUGCAGCCCAUCUUUGAUGACAUGCUUCACCUUCUAAACCCCGAGGAGCUGCAUGCUAUUGAGGAGAUUCCACAGGCAGAGGACAAGCUGGAUAGGCUUUUUGAAAUUGCUGGUGUCAAGAGCCAGGAAGCUAGCCAGACCCUUCUGGAUUCGGUCUAUAGCCACCUGCCUGAUCUGCUUUAGACACGGGUUGCCAGAGGCCCUGUGCACCUACAUGCUGGCUGCUGCUUGUACGCGCUUGACACUUGUUACAGAUAAGACACGGGCAGGAUAUUUUGUAGAAGUCGUGGCCAGUAUUUUCCUCUAAGUUUUCCUUUUUUUUUUCUUUUUUCUUUUUGGUCUUCUGAGAGUGGCACAUGCUUGCAUGCUCUCAUGUUUAUGAUCUAAAUUAAAAGAUCUUGUUUUCCCCUCUUCUAUUACAACAUUUUAAUUUUUCAUUCAGAGCUGUAAUGGUAGCCAGUUAAAAACCAUGGAUUAUAUGUUCAUAAUUUACUUGUCGGAUUUGGACUUGCAUUUUAAUUUUUUUAACCUUUUCAGGUCCUUUUUGG